GCGGGCCGCGGCGGGGCGGCCGCCGGGGGCGGCGGGGGCAGGAACCGCCGAGCGCAAAUUCCUCCGCGCAGCGCGCCAUUGACUGGACCGAGCAACUUAUUUAAGGCUGGAAAGUGACACAGGGGCGCCUCGUCUGCGCCGGCCGCGCUCCGCCGGGCAGCCCGGCCGCACCGAGCCCAGCGCCGCGGCGCGGGAUGCCGCCCGGGUGACCGCCCGAGCCCGGCCGCCGCCUCGCAGCUCUCCGGACAAGGAGCCGCGUCCCGCCGCUGCCCCGCCAGGACCGCGGGAAGGGGCUUUCUUUUGGGGUGCUUUUUGUGUUGCUGGAUUUGGGGAUUUUUAAUUUUUUUUUAAAUUUUUUUGCUUUUUGGCUUUUUUUUCUUUAUUUUUUUUAAAACUUCUCUUUUUUCUCCGCUCUGGGCUGCGCUUUCGCGGAGAGUUCACCGCCCUUCCCCGCCCCGCGCCGCCGGGCUCCGGCAGAGCAUGGAGAAGUACGAGGAGGACAUGGCACUGAAGGCCACCAAGUUCAUGGAGGACCUGUCCCUGUACGAGCCCUGCCCGGAGGCUCCGUACGGCCGGGGCGGCCGCCGGGACCUGGUGCUGCACCCCGACCUGGAGGAGACCAAGCGGGUCAUCGCCGCCCACAUGACGGCGGAGCAGCAGCGGGGCCGGAAGAUGAACGGCACCGCCGCGCCGCCGCCGCCCGCCGAAGGCUUCCCCGCCGCCGCCCCCUGCGGCAAAGCCGCCCCGCUCCGCGCCGGCGGCCGCGCCGCCAGCGAGCCGGGCGCGGGCCCGCCGUGCUGCGAGGAGGGGCUGUGCACCCGCUCCGAGGUGGCGCUGCCCUGCUACAGCGGCUUCGCCGACAAGGGCAAGCGCUACUCGGCCGAGGGCUACCGCUACGCCGCGGGCAGCGCCUACGAGGGCGGCUACGUGGCCAAGGGCGGCGGGCGGGCGCCCGGCGGCCCGGACGGCAAGUUCGGCGCCGCCAGCCCGCGGGCCAGCCUGGCCGCCGCCUCGCCGGGCCCCGCCGCCGAGCACGGCAAGUUCUCCAGCCCGCGCUCCAGCCUGGGCGGCGCGGUCGCGCUGCCCUACGAGAAGUUCUCCAGCCCCCGCUCCAGCCUGGUGGUGCCCGGGCAGGACAAGUACGGCAGCCCCCGCGCCAGCCUGGUGCAGUACGACGGAGCCGCCCUCAGCCCCCGCUCCAGCUACGCCAGCACGGCCAGCGACACCAGCAAACACUCCAGCCCCCGCGCCAGCCUCACCGGCUACGACGGCGGCGGCAGCAAGCCCAGCAGCAACCGCACCAGCGGCAUCAGCAUGGGCUACGACCAGCGCCACGCCAGCCCCCGCUCCAGCACCGCCAGCCAGUACUCCUGCACCGCCAGCCCCCGCUCCAGCUACUCGGACUGCAGGUACGGCCCGCCGGGCAGCGCCGAGCCCGAGGGCGGCACCGGGCUCGCCCUCGCCAGCCCCCGCUCCAGCCUGUGCGGCCCCGAGGGCCGCGGCUCGGCCGGCCCCGCCGUGGUCAGCCCCCGCUCCAGCAUCUCCAGCCAGAGCUCGCGGAGCUCCCGGGGCUCCAUGAGCGCCUAUCCCGAGCUGCAGCUGCCGUCGCCCCGCUCGUCCCUGCUGGGGCCCGGCCUGCAGGAGGACGGCGCCGUGCCCGAGCUGGGGGACGUGUACCACCGCAUCCACGCGCAGUCCCCGCCGCGGCACGACCAGCAGCACCCGGCCGGCGCCCCCGAGCCGCCGCCCCCCUACGCCUACAGCCCAACCAAAGGCUCCGCUCCGGCUCCCAAAUUCAAGCUCCCCUACCAGGUGACGCCGUGCCGGGAGAGCGGCCCCAGCCAGGCGGAGAGGCGGCUGGAGGCGCUGACGCUGGAGCUGGAGAAGGAGCUGGAGAUGCACAUGAAGAAGGAGUACUUCGGUAUUUGUAUAAAAUGUGGAAAAGGUGUGUAUGGAGCGAGCCAGGCUUGCCAAGCAAUGGGCAACCUCUAUCAUACCAACUGCUUCACGUGCUGCUCUUGUGGGAGAAGACUACGAGGAAAAGCAUUCUACAAUGUCAAUGGCAAGGUGUACUGUGAAGAAGACUUCCUAUAUUCAGGUUUUCAGCAAACAGCAGACAAGUGCUUUGUUUGUGGACACCUCAUAAUGGAAAUGAUCUUACAGGCCCUUGGAAAGUCCUACCAUCCUGGCUGCUUCCGCUGUGUGGUGUGUAACGAGUGCUUGGAUGGAGUCCCCUUCACUGUAGAUGUGGAAAACAAUAUUUACUGUGUCAAAGACUACCAUACGGUUUUUGCACCAAAAUGUGCUUCCUGUAACCAGCCAAUCCUCCCAGCACAGGGCUCCGAGGAGACCAUCCGGGUGGUGUCCAUGGACAAGGAUUACCACGUGGAGUGCUACCACUGCGAGGACUGUGGCUUGCAGCUCAAUGAUGAGGAAGGCCAUCGUUGUUACCCCCUAGAGGGCCACUUGCUCUGCCACAGCUGUCACAUCAGGCGCCUUAAUAUCAAACUGCCAUCACAUCCACCUCCAAGCUACCCCAUGCAUGUCACAGAACUCUGAAAGACAUUUCCAUGAUCAAUCAGCCGUUGGAAAGAGAAGACAAAAAUCUAAAAAUUACUUUCGUGUUCCUUUAAAGAUGAGGUUCCAGUAAUAACCAUCUAAACCAGCUAUUUAUUUUUCGAAUCAGAGGUGAGGGGUCCUUUUCUGAUCUUGUACAUAUGCAUUCUUUUAUCUAGACAUUUUCACUGAGACACCGUCUACUUGAACAAAUAAUUCACACUAAACUGUAUCUGUAAAUGGCAGCAUUUCUAAAAACAAUGGUACAAAGGGCUGUUCUGCACUCCCUAUUCUCUUCCUUCAGUGGAGAUUUCACCCAAGUAAGGAGUGUAGAAUUACUUUCCAAAAGUUAGCACCUUAUCAUAUUGCAGCAAGCGUGAUAAGAUAAAUGCUAGCAUUUUAGCUAGUUUUGUUGAAUUCUGGUCUUAGAGAAUACUUAGAUUCCAGAAGUAGGGAAUAGGCAGCAAGCAGGUGUUUUAGCCAGGGCAGUUUUCAGCAAGGUUAAAGAAGGGUGUUCUGUGAAGAAGUGUCAGGCCAGCUCUCCAUCCUACAGGGUCCCACAGUCAUCCAAAGACUAAUUAUUUGGUUUGUUCAAGAAAUGUGGCAAGCCUCUGAUGUAAAGCCCACAGUACAGAGGAUUGUAUCCAAAAGAUUGGCUCAUGCAGGGGCAGCAGUUGCAGCUCUCUGUAAUUGCUGGCUGUGUAGCCAUGGCUUCAAAAUGCAUUCCUAUCAAUUUGGCACUUAUUAAUGAAUUCAUCUUUCAAACCUGUCUUUUGUUCAGUAGGGUUCUAUGCAAAGGUACACUUGUCUUUAUACUGCUUGUUUUAUCCAAGACUUCAUUUGUUACCAACUGCUUCAUGAUUGUAUGUUGAGACAUUAUUAAAGAGAGGCACAGUGGUUUGGUA